AUCAACCCUGUCAUGGCAGCGCACAUUAACGUAAACGUUGGGCAAUGGCAUCACAAUGUGGCUAUCUUAUUACGCAUGGGUUGUAGUCUCUCGAUUUGGUCCAUAAAAUAAAUGUCUCAGUACUGCCUGGAGUUAAUCAAGUAGAAAACUGCCUGGCUCAUGCUUUCCCUAAUGUGGUGUUUCACUAUCUCGUGAAGGUGAACCUCUGAGGGCGCACGGCACUGUGUCAUAUUAAACAAUCACAGGACAAGUGUAACAUCAAGAUUUAGUAAAGCGUCAAGCAGAAACCAGGGCAAGAACGACUGACUCAACAGGACUGCGCACACAGAACGCUGUAUUGGCGAGACCUUCACAAAGAUCCAGCGCUUGGACGCAAAAGGAUGGAUUCUUUCAGACCGGGCUCCAGCAUAGGACUGUCUCCCUCUCCAAGAGACCGACAAUCACCCAUCCGUUUUGAUCGGGAGCACUCACAACCGGGAACAAUGGCCGGAUGUCGGGCGGGAACACUUGGCUUCCCAUCUGAAUCGUUGUGCGUAAAGUACGGGGAAUUUUUAAAGAACACCGCCGCAGCAGCGGAGAGCAGUGGCGGGGAGCAGAGUCAGGAUGAUGACAGUGAUGGCAUUGGUCGGAGUGACAUGGUGCUUUUUCCAGAGGAAAGGCUCAUGGCAUCAAUGGCCAAAUGUGACGCAGCAGGUAAGAAACACAAAGAGCAGAAGGUGUUGAGGCUCAACAUUAACGCCCGAGAGAGGAGGAGGAUGCACGACCUGAACGACGCGCUCGAUGAACUGCGGUCGGUGAUCCCCUACGCGCACAGCCCAUCCGUACGGAAGUUAUCAAAAAUAGCCACUUUGCUCCUCGCCAAAAACUACAUCCUCAUGCAGGCACAAGCACUUGAAGAGAUGAGAAGACUUGUCAGUUAUCUUAACCAUGGACCUGGCGUUACUGCUGCGAAUACUGCUGGUGCACCCGGAUUAGGGCGGUAUGACCAGCAGACAGGAUACCCAUUCUCUGCUGGCGUUCCGGACCCUUUCAAUAGCAAUGCAAAUCUCUUCAAUAAAUAAAAAUGUCAACAAUAAACCUUGAACAGUUGUGUCCGACACUAACAGGGGACUUCAAGCUUCGUGAACACAACUGAAUUGACCGGAUCAGCGUGACUGACAGAAGUAGUCACAUAUUACGAGAACAUGGAGUUCUAUAAUAUAUGACUCUGUUCUGCAUGGUGAUUGCGUUUCGAAAAUAGUUUUACAAAAUCUAACUAAAUGACAGCUAACAUGGUCAAAAAUGGUUAGCCGUUUAACAAAUUAUGUUUAGUCUUAUUUAACCAUUAUGUCCUACGGUACAUUUUCUUCCGUUUGAUUAGAUGCUGUUCGAUGGAUACAUUGUAUUGGUGACAUAAGAUAGAUAUGUUAUGGUCUGUUUUCCAGUAGCCUAUAACUCAAUGCAUGGGCUAUGUACAAUCAAACCCAAAUUAGUUACAAAGAGCAAUUGUGAAUAUUGGGUGAAUUAAUAGGUAGCCUAUAGGCCUAAGUUUGAUAAUGAUAUCAAUCAAUGAUAGUUUUACCGUCAAGGACUACAUUGGAAGUGUUUUAAUUCAUCUUUAAGUGCUAUUGUACAUUUUGUUUUAGGCUAUAUAUCUUUUACCCAAAUAAAUUCAAUACAAAUAUUUUCA